AAUGUGAGUACUAGUAGAGUGCAGCAUCACAGUCACAGCGGCCUAGUCCGUCCGGCAACAUGAACUGCUCCUUGACAGAAACAAACUACCCACGAUGAUAUAUAUCGCUAACAAGGCUUAAGCUAAAUUUGCAAAGCAAGCUAGGAAAUAAUGGCAGUGGUGGACGCCGAGGCUCCCUUUCUCGAGGGCAAGGAGGAGCCACUGGCCGGGGUCUCCGACUUCCGCGGCCGCCCCGUCUACCGCGCCACCUCCGGCGGGUGGCGCUCCGCCAUCUUCGUCGCCGUGGUGGAGGGCGCCGGCAGUUUCGUCUACUACGGCGUGUCGGCGAACUUGAUCACGUACAUGACAGGGCCGCUUGGCCACUCCAACGCGGAGGCGGCCGCGGCGGUGAACGUCUGGACGGGGACGGCCAGGCUCAUGCCGCUGCUGGGCGCCUUCGUCGCCGACUCCUGGCUGGGGCGCUACUGGUCCAUCAUCCUCGCCUGCACCCUCUACGUCCUGGGUUAUGGCAUGAUCACUCUAGCAACCACACUCCUGACUCAGCGACCAUCAUCGACCCUCGACAACGACUCUUCUUCUAACCCUAUGUCACCACAGGUGGCCUUCUUCUAUAUCUCCCUCUAUCUCAUUGCCCUCGCGCAGGGUGCUGACAAGCCUUGUGGACUUGCCUUUGCCGCCGAUCAAUUCGACGCCGACCACCCCAGGGAGUGUGCCGCCCGCAGCUCCUUCUUCAAUUGGUGGCACUUCUCCAUAGCCAUUGGUAUCGCUGUCGCCAUCAUUGUCGUUAGCUACAUCCAGGAGAAUCUUGGUUGGGGAAUUUGUUUUGGCAUGCUCUGCACCGUCAUGAUUUGCGCCUUUGUCGUCUUCCUCGUUGGUAUUCUCACAUAUCGCCUCCACGCAUCCAUCAUUGGCUCCGGCAGCCCCUUUAUCCGUCUCGGUUGUAGUCUCAUCACGCUUGCCAGAAACUCAGGUUUCUCCUUCCAUGCUAAAAGACGCAUGCAUGAAGAUGAAGACGCCACAACCAACUUGGAGGAGGCUCGCGGCGUCUUACGUCUACUGCCGAUCUGGGUUGCAUGUCUAGCUUAUGGUGUGGUGUUCGUGCAGAUCACGACACUUUUUAACAAGCAGGGCCACACCCUAGAUUGCCAUAUCUUUGGUAGCCUAGAGCUGCCACCGGCCAUGUUGCAGGCAUUUUGGCCAGCAUCUGUCUUGUUGUUCGUUCCCUUCUAUGACCGUGUUCUAGUGCCGGCCCUUCGUUGUCUGACGGGUACUCCAUCUGGGCUGACACAACUUCAACGAGUAGGCACAGGCAUGGCUGUGUCGCUUGCAGCGAUGUGCGUGGCGGCAUUGGUGGAGACCCGGAGGCUAGAGAUGGCACGUGAGCAUAAACUGGUUGAAGACACCAAGGCGACGGUCCCGAUGAGCUGGUCAUGGCUGGUGCCGCAGUACGUGAUGGUUGGGGUGGCCGACGUAUUCGUGAUAGUUGGGAUGCAGGAGUUCUUUUAUGACCAGAUGCCUAGCGAGCUUCGUAGCCUUGGCAUAGCGCUCUACUGCAGUGUGAUUGGCAUUGGCGGCUUCAUCAGCGGCUCUCUCAUCUCACUCAUUGACCGCAUCACACGCAAAGGCGGUGGUGAUAGCUGGUUCUCUGACAACCUCAACCGCGCUCACCUCGACUACUUCUACUGGCUGCUUGCUGGCCUCAGUGCGGCCGAGCUCGCGCUCUACAUCUGCUUCGCUAGAGUCUACACCUACAAGGACAAGAGAGACUUUUGAGAGUGAUAACCUUGAACUGGAAGUGGAUAAUCUGCAAACGGUUUGUCACCCUAUUGGCCUUUGGUCACUUAUGUGGUACUUGAAGAAUACGCAUCUUUGGUUGUUUAAGAAACCUAUUUCAUUUUAUUGUUUUUCUGGCACUUGGCUUUGUAACAACUUGACAAUGUAUGCCAGGAAGGCAACACAACAUUUCCUUUACUAAGAAAAAACUAUAGGUAAAGAAGCAACCAAUUUGUAAACAACAUAAAUAACCCUACAAUACCCUCUA